AUUUUAGGAAUUCCAAGCACGAGCAUGAACCUGAUCUGAUACACGCCCCAACAUUUUCUAUCAAACUCAAUGCUCCUUCAAUCUCAUUCGAACAAUCUAAGCCGUUGAUCUUCCGCUUCACUGAUCCAGAUCCAUAACCCUCAUAUCCUUCAUAUCUAGGGUUUUCAUUUCCAACGCGACCAUCACCUCCCGCCACCACCACCAUGUCUUCCAAGAUCAACGGCCACGUCUCGCCUCAGCCGUGUCCUCAUCUCCUCGACUUCCGUUCUCGCAACGGCUACAAGCCGUUUCGCGCCCUACAGGACUGUAUCCGCGUCAAGCCGCCCGGUGGUCGCGCCUCCAUAAGGAGGGAACCCUCUGAGGUGCCACGGUGCGACACUUGCGAGGUAUCUUCCCGUCCGAGACUGUACGCGUGCGUCUACUGCGCCGCGGUGUUCUGUCACGCGCCUCCUAUUCACUCCCACGCGUCGGAUCACGCGCUUUCAUUUCCCGGUCACGAGAUCGCCGUGGACGUCGAUCGAGCUGAGCUGUUCUGCUGCGCGUGCCGUGACCAGGUCUACGAUCGCGACUUCGACGCUGCCGUCGUCCUUGCUCAGAACGCCACCGCAACCACCUCCACUUCCGGAUCUACAACAAUGCAAUGCAACGUUGCGGGAUCUCAACCGGAGAAUCUACGAAAGCGCCAUCGAGUAGAUUACCGCCCGUGGAAGCCAGAUUCAGGAGAAGACAUCUCCAUUGGAAACCAAUCGAUCCCUCUCCACGACUCCACCAAUGCGUCAGUGGUUUCGUCAACACAAGUACCUUGGGGAUUACGUGGAUUAAAUAAUUUAGGGAAUACUUGCUUUAUGAAUUCAAUUUUACAAGCAUUGCUCCAUACGCCGCCGUUGCGUAACUAUUUCUUAAGCGAUCGGCACAAUAGAUAUUAUUGUCAGCAAAAAAAUAGUGCUAUCAACGGCACUAAAAAUUCAAGAUUAUGUUUGGCUUGUGACAUGGACGCCAUGUUCUCGGCUGUUUUCUCGGGGGAUCGGACUCCAUAUAGUCCAGCUAAGUUCUUGUACAGUUGGUGGCAACAUGCGGCAAAUUUGGCUAGUUAUGAGCAGCAGGAUGCCCAUGAAUUUUUCAUUUCCAUGCUUGAUGGAAUUCAUGAAAAGGUGAAGAAGGAUAAAAGGCGGUCCCAGAGUCCAGGCAGUGGAGAUUGUUGCAUUGCACAUAGAGUAUUUUCUGGUAUUCUGAGAUCGGAUGUCAUGUGUAUGGCUUGUGGAUUCACAUCCACAACAAAUGACCCGUGUAUAGACAUCUCUCUGGACUUGGAACCAAAUCAAGGAGGUUCUGGGAAGUCUUCAUCUGCAAAAUCCCAUAAUUCUUGCAAUGUUGAGGUAGAUUGCUUGGGUCCAAACCAAAACUGUGGGGUAUCUACCUUAAAGGGUUGCUUAGAACGAUUUACAAGAGCUGAGAAGUUGGGCUCUGACCAGAAAUUUUUCUGCCAAAAGUGUCAGGUGAGGCAAGAGUCCCUUAAGCAGAUGUCGAUAAGAAAACUUCCUCUGGUUUCAUGUUUUCAUGUUAAAAGGUUUGAACAUUCUUCGAUACGAAAGAUGUCAAGGAAGGUUGACCGGUAUCUGCAGUUCCCAUUUUCACUAGACAUGACUCCUUAUCUUUCUUCUUCCAUUUUGAGGAGCCGGUUUGGGAACAGGAUCUUCCCAUUUGAUGGAGAUGACCAAGAUGCAUCCAAUGACUUAUCAACCGAAUUUGAGUUGUUUGCUGUUGUCACACACACAGGUAGAUUGGAUGCCGGCCAUUACGUGACUUAUUUGCGAUUAAGUAACCAAUGGUACAAGUGUGAUGAUGCUUGGAUUACUCAAGUUAAUGAGAGCAUUGUGAGAGCCUCCCAAGGAUACAUGAUGUUUUAUGUACAGAAAGUGCUACAUUAUAAAGAAAGUGAAAACCAAGCCACCUCCUGAUAUUGAUCAGAGAUAAGAAUUUGGUCGAUGGAUAAUAUGGCUAGCUUUGUAUACGAGGAAAACAAAUAUUCAUCAAGUUGCUCAACUCAAUUGUUCAAAAGUUCGGCGGCUUGUUCUUUAGAAGGGGUAAUUUUUAAUACUGGUUCGUGUUAAGUGAGCCUAAUUUUUUGAGGCACUCCAGUAUUCAGGAAAAUCAAGUUAUAUGAGGUAUGGAAUUGUUAAUCGAUUUUUGAGUUUCAUCUUCAAACUUAUUCAAGUGUUGCCCUAUUGAUUUAUUUCCCUUUUUAUCAGUUCACUAAUUGUUUCUCACAUGGCAUACCAUCAGACUGAAGUGCAAAUUUCCUUUUUUCAUAAAGGCUAAGGUUCAUUUUCUU